AUGUCGCAGAUGCUGCACAUCGAGAUCCCCAAUUUUGGGAACACCGUGCUGGGAUCCCUGAACGAGCAGCGGCUGCUGGGGCUCUACUGCGAUGUCUCCAUCGUGGUCAAGGGCCAGGCCUUCAAGGCCCACCGGGCAGUGCUGGCCGCCAGCAGCCUGUACUUCCGGGACCUCUUCAGCGGGAACAGCAAGAGUGCGUUUGAGCUGCCCAGCUCCGUCCCGGCCACCUGCUUCCAGCAAAUCCUCUCCUUCUGCUACACCGGCAAGCUGACCAUGGCAGCCAGCGAGCAGCUGGUGGUGAUGUACACGGCGGGAUUCCUGCAAAUCCAGCACAUUGUGGAGAAAGGGACCGACCUCAUGUUCAAGGUCAGCUCCCCCCACUGUGACUCUCAGACGGCCAUGAUCGAAGAGGCCGGCUCGGAGCCCCAGAGCCCCUGCAACCCCGUGCAGAUGGCCUCCAUGCCUUACGUCAUGUCCCCUUCGGUACCCAUCCCGCUCCUCACCCGGGUCAAGCACGAGAACCCGGAGCAGCAGACGCCGCUGCCGGGACUGCCGGCCAAGAGGUCCCUGGAGGGGGGCCUGCGAGACACGGCGGCGGGCAGCUCCUCGGGCACCACGGCGGUCAAGCUGUCCCGCGUCUCCUACUACGGGGUGCCCAGCCUCGCCCCGCUCAUCUCCAGCAUCUCGCAGGCUCCGUAUGUCCAGGGAGAGCGGACGAGUCCCGGGGCCAGCAGCAUCCCCACCACGGACAGCCCCACGUCCUACCACAACGAAGAGGAUGAGGAGGAUGACGAAGCCUACGACACCAUGACGGAAGAGCAGUACGGGCAGAUGUACAUCAAGUCUACAGGCAGCUAUGCAGGGCCUCCAGAGAAGCCGGAGCAAAUUCCCGUGGAGAGCCGCUCCUGCGUCCUGAUACGGCGCGAUUUGGUGGCUCUUCCGGCGAGUCUGAUCAGCCAGAUCGGUUACCGCUGCCACCCGAAGCUCUACUCGGAAGGGGAUCCCGGAGAAAAACUUGAACUGGUUGGAGGUUCUGGGGUUUACAUCACCCGAGGACAGCUCAUGAACUGUCACCUCUGUGCAGGUGUGAAACACAAAGUCCUCCUCCGACGUCUCCUGGCCACAUUCUUCGACAGGAACACCUUGGCCAACAGCUGCGGAACAGGAAUCCGCUCUUCCACCAGUGACCCCAGCCGGAAACCCCUGGAGAGCCGGGUGCUUAACGCUGUGAAAUUGUAUUGUCAGAAUUUUGCCCCCAGUUUCAAGGAGAGUGAGAUGAACGUCAUCGCGGCCGACAUGUGCACCAACGCCCGCCGGGUGCGCAAGCGGUGGCUUCCCAAGAUUAAGUCCAUGCUGCCCGAGGGGAUGGAGAUGUACCGUUCCGUCAUGGGCUCCACCACCACCAAUGUCCUCCUGGAUCCCGAAUUCCAGCCUUCCUCCGCUCAGAUGUUUGAACAACGGAUCUAUGCAGAAAGGAGAGGCGAUUCCGGGACGAUCGUGGCCCUCAGAACUAACACCGUCACGGUUGACCAGAGCAACGGGACCGGCCCCUUGUUUGAGCCGACCGAGGAGGGCGAAGGGGCCAGCUCGGUCAUCCAGGAGUCUGCCGGGCCAGAAGCCAUGGCUUCCGACACCCAAAGCACCUCCCAGCCCUUCGAAGAAGGACCGGGGUCCCCCAGCCGGCCGGAGACGCCUGCGGCGAGGCCAGAGGCGGCCUACGGGGGGCCCUUAUGA